CCUCGCCUUAGGACAAGUGGCUCAUGGGUGCCAGGGGCCCGCUCUGCAAGGCUCUGCUGGGCACCUCGGCUGUAGCGACGGCUACGGUGUUUUCUCAGCGCCUGGGAACAGAUGGCCUCAGCUCCCACCCACGGAAGCCAAACAUUUUCCCUGGCUCACUCGCUCAGAAGCUUGCUCUUGUAAAUAGAGAGUAGCAGGAGCUUUUCCAAGCAGCGCGCGCGCGUGGCUCGCAUCGACCUGAAUCCACGAGGAGAAGCCUUAGAAAGGAAUCCUGCCAGACUCAGCGUGAAGUGCCAUGGGCUCCAUUGGAAGCCAGCGCCUCAAGGAGCCCUGCGUGGCAGCCACAUCUGGCCAGAGUGUGGUGACAAGCUUUAGCUUUGACAACUUCCAGCUGGAGAUGUCAGCGGAAGGGGCUCAGGACCCCAGCGUCAGAGUCAGGGGUGUCCCCACAUUCACAGACUCUGCGGCAGAGGAGCCUGUGCCAGACGACCGCUACCAUGCCAUCUACUUCGCCAUGCUGCUGGCUGGCGUGGGCUUCCUACUGCCGUACAACAGCUUUAUCACCGAUGUGGACUAUCUGCACCACAAGUACCCAGGGACCUCCAUCGUGUUCGACAUGAGCCUCACCUACAUCUUGGUGGCAUUGGCGGCUGUCCUCCUAAACAACGUUGUGGUGGAGAGGUUAAACCUGCACACAAGGAUUACCACAGGCUACCUCCUCGCCUUGGGUCCCUUGCUCUUUAUCAGCAUAUGUGACGUGUGGCUACAGCUCUUCUCUCAUGACCAGGCUUAUGCCAUCAACCUGGCCGCCGUGGGCACUGUGGCCUUUGGAUGCACAGUGCAGCAAUCUAGCUUCUACGGCUACACGGGAUUACUGCCCAAGAGGUACACGCAGGGGGUGAUGACUGGAGAGAGCACGGCCGGGGUGAUGAUCUCGCUGAGCCGAAUCCUCACGAAGCUGCUGCUCCCGGAUGAGCGGGCCAGCACCAUCAUCUUCUUCCUGGUCUCGGCUGGCCUGGAGCUGCUGUGCUUCCUGCUGCACCUGCUGGUGCGGCGCAGCCGGUUUGUGCUCUACUACACCACCCGGCCUCGUGACAGCCGCCCCAUCCGAGCAGGCUACCGAGUGCACCACGAUGUCGCAUCCGGAGACAUCCACUUCGAGCAUCAAACUCCAGCCCUGUCCGGCAGCAGGUCCCCAAAGGACAGCCCAGCCCAUGAGGUGACUCACAGCAACAGUGGGGCCUACAUGCGUUUUGAUGUGCCUCGGCCGCGAGUCAAGCGGAGCUGGCCCACCUUCAGAGCCCUGCUGUUGCACCGGUAUGUCGUGGCGCGGGUCAUCUGGGCCGACAUGCUGUCCAUUGCGGUAACCUACUUCAUUACACUGUGCCUGUUUCCCGGCCUGGAGUCCGAGAUCCGCCACUGUGUGCUGGGCGAGUGGCUGCCCAUCCUGGUCAUGGCUGUGUUCAACCUGUCAGACUUUGUAGGCAAGAUCCUAGCAGCCCUGCCCGUGGACUGGCGGGGCACUCACCUGCUUGCCUGCUCUUGCCUGCGUGUGGUCUUCAUUCCCCUCUUCAUCCUGUGCGUCUAUCCCAGUGGCAUGCCUGCCCUCCAACACCCUGCCUGGCCCUGCGUCUUCUCACUGCUAAUGGGCAUCAGCAAUGGCUACUUUGGCAGCGUGCCCAUGAUCCUGGCAGCUGGGAAAGUGAGCCCCAAGCAGCGGGAACUGGCAGGAAACACCAUGACUGUGUCCUACAUGUCGGGGUUGACCCUGGGCUCUGCUGUGGCCUACUGCACGUACAGCCUCACCCGCGAUGCCCACAGCAGCUGCUUUCAAACAGCCACCGCCAACGACUCCAUCCCCGUCGGCCCCUGAGCUGGGCCCACCUGCCCCUGCCCACUGCCCAGGGAGGGCUGCUCGGCCCAGCCACCCCGAGGCCUGAGGACCCUCCCCACCCCUGCCUCAGUGCCUGCGGGGUCCUGGCCGCCUCCUAAGCCACUAAUGCCACCUCUCUGCUUUGUUCCAGUUGACCACUGCAACUGGAGCGUUGUCUACGACACCCAGGGCACUGCUUACCCCCUGUGUCCUGUGUUCGUUCAGACACCUGCUCUUCACUCUCUAUGUCCAAAGGCCCAACAUUUGUCACAUCAGCAUGGUGGGUGAGGCCGU